AAGAAAACGCUUCAAUUCAAAGUAGAAAAACUACACGAUUUUUAAAAAGUGUUUUUUAGUUUUGGAGUUUACAAGCUUUAACAAACGGUGUGCAUCCACUUCGAUUAAGUAUUUUAAAGGAAUUUAUCUAGCAAGAAUGUCUAGUUAUCGCCCAAGAAGAACACGCAUUUAUGGCGCCAAUUACGAUAUGGGGGAAAGCUCUUAUAAAAAGUUGCUGGAAAGCUUAGAUAAUAAAAGAGGCAUCGGCAGGAGCUCUGAUUCACAUGUCCCUUUGGCUCGUGAAACCAGCUUGCCACCAAAAGUGACCUUUUUACAAGAUGAGGAUGACUUUGAUCGGGAGAAAUAUAGAGCCUCACUAAGAGCCAAACUGCAACUAGACGAUGAGGAUUCCGAUGUUUUUGGCUCCACACUCAAACAAUCUAAGUCGAGACUCACAGAAAGAAAUAGAUAUCUGGAGAAUGAGGAUGAAGACAUUUUGGGAUCUACCUACAAGCCAUUGAAAUUCAAGGGGUUAGAUGAUUCCAAUGCUGUAGAAACUUCGCUGAAAUCAUCAUUGAAAUAUAGAGCUUCAGCAGAGCCCUUCGAAUCGGCUUUGAAGUCCUUAAAAUUGAAUGGUACAGAUGAGUCAGGAUUCGGUGAAAGCAUAAAACAUAGAGCAUUAAAAGCUGUCGAAAGAACCGGCAAAGCGAGGUCCAUCUUGGACGACUUAGAUGAUCAGGAGGCUAGUUCAUUCUCUACUAGACGUAUUAAGAUCAGAAGUGAGAACGUCAUUAUGGGUGAUACCAGUACCACAACCGAAGCUUCCUCACGCAUGAAAGCUACCAAAGCUCGUCUCGCUGAUCUCGAAUCGGAAAUGUCCUCGAUUAGUGAAAAACAAAGUGAGCGGGAAAGGCGUAAACAUAAUUUAAGAAAAUUAUUGAAUGAAAGCGAAUCUGAUACCUUUAAGGCCAUAGAAAUGUAAUUGUUGUAAUAUUGUGUUAUACGAGUUCGUACCAUAAAAAGAAGAGUUGCGGAAAAUAAAGUGUUUAAAUAAAUGUUGAAAGUGGAAUCUAUAAAUUAAAACAAA